AUGCGAUUCCUUAAGGGCAUACUGUUGCCCGCCCUAUUGGUGGCGAUCGGACCGGCGUCCGCAAAGGACAAGAAGGGCCCCGAACUGGAGACCAAGGCCUUCGAAACUCGAACCCAGAACCUAUUCUACUUUGACGACUCGGAGAUUGUGCUGGUCACGGAGCCGCUGAAGGGGACGAUAUGGCGAUCAGAGGAUGCUGGGAAGGAGUGGAACCCGGUAAAGGACAUUCCGGAGAACAAGGCUCUAGGUGUUCUGAAGAACCCUUUUGAUAAUCAGGUGGCGAUUGCGUUUGGCGGCGACACGACACACUGGAUUACCUACGACCAGGGCGAAUCAUGGACGUCUUUUGAUACAGAUGGGGUUGUAGCGCUGGGAGGCUCCCCCGUGAGCUUUCACGCAAAGGAUAGCAAGAAGAUCCUUUUCCACGGAGGUGAUGAAUGCUCGGAUUUCUUAUGUCUUGGGAAGACUUGGUACACCGAAGAUGGCUUCAAAACCACCAAGCUCCUCCGCGGCGAUCGAAAGAUGUGCAUAUGGGCCAAGAGUACCGAUCGCUUCCUAGCAAACGACGAGGGCAAGUAUGACGACCGUGUUCUAUGUAUAGUCAAGGGCAAAUACUCGAGGCUAGUAAAGGAUUACAAGAUGGUCAUCUCUGAUAACUUCUUCGACGAUGAAGAGGAACCGGUCAUGUCGGCUGGGCGCACCGUGUCUGGAAUAUCCAAUAUGGCCGCUGUCAAGGGUUACAUUGUUGCAGCUGCUAAGGCGCCGGGAAGCGACGAACUUGCACUCUAUGUCACGGACGAUACAAUUGUAUGGCACCGAGCGGAAUUCGGGGACCACAAGGUUGAAGAGGACGCAUACACAAUCCUCGAGUCUACGAAUUACAGCGUUCAGGUCGAUGUCAUGACCAAUAGGUGGACCAACGUCGGGGCUCUAUUUACCAGCAACUCUAAUGGUACUUACUUCACCAAGAACAUCGCCCACACGAACCGCGACCGUGAAGGAUACGUCGAUUUCGAGAAAAUUUCCAAUAUCCAGGGCAUAGUCUUGGUCAACGUGGUCAAGAAUUGGGAAGAGGUAGAGAAAUCCUGGGCCCAAAAGAAGAUCAUUUCUCAGAUCAGUUUCGACGACGGCAGAACCUUUGAGAACCUCAAAGUCGACGACAAGGAUCUACAUCUGCAUUCGGUCACCAAUCUGCGAAACAGUGGAAGAGUGUUCUCGAGCCCGGCGCCAGGAAUCAUCAUGGGCGUUGGCAAUACUGGGGAAUACUUGAAGCCGUACAUAGAGGGGGACCUUUAUGUGUCGGAUGACGCUGGACUUACCUGGCAAUUGGCCCUUAAGGAGGCGCAUAAGUAUGAAUUUGGCGAUGCUGGAUCCGUUCUCGUUGCUGUCUUUGACGAAGGCGAAACCGACAAGAUUUAUUACUCACUCAAACACGGUCGACCGGACACCUGGGAGAAAUUCGAUAUGGGAUUCAAGUUCAAGGCUUACGAGCUGACCACGAUACCGGACUCAACGAGCUUGCAAUUUAUUCUCACUGGGAUAAGGCGCGGGAAGGCCAACGAUGCUGAGCACUUCAUUUCCUCAUUGGAUUUCUCAGCGCUCCACGAAGGAAAGUGCAAGAAAAAAGACUUUAUCAAUUGGAAUGCGCGCGUGGAUGACGACGGAAAGCCGAUCUGCGUCAUGGGCCAAGAACAAAGUUUCCGUCGACGGAAAUGGGAUGCCGAUUGCUUUGUGGACGAAGAGUUCAAGGACCCAGUACCCGUCUUCAAAAAAUGCGAGUGCACGGAGAAAGACUUCGAGUGUGACUUUAACUUCGUUCCUGAAUGGGACGGCGACAAGAAGAAAUGUGUCCCCUCAGGCGCUUUGACCGCUCCGGAAGGAGAGUGCGAAGGGGACCAAAAUACCUAUACAGGUAGCUCCGGCUGGCGUUUGAUACCGGGGAACAUGUGCGAAGGCGGUUUGAAGAAAGACAAGCCCGAGGAGCGGCAGUGCUCCGACACCAAGGCUCCGCCAUCAAGCGGCGACAUAACGCAAACCAUAACCGAGUUCAAGGGCCAAGGCUUCCGCGAGCAUUUCUACUUGGAGCGAGGGGACUUUGCUCAUGGAACAGACGAGACCAUCAUUACGCUGACGAGCGAACGGGAAGCAUGGAUCACGCAUGACCAUGGUAAGAGCUGGAAGAAGGCAGUCGAUGAUGAUAUUGUGGCUAUCUACCCGCAUCAGUACAACAACGACUAUGUGUAUCUAAUCACACCCACUAAAAAGGUAUACUAUUCCGAAGACAGAGGGCAAGACAAGGUCAUGAAACAUUUCGACGCGCCCACUGCACCGAAUACGCAGAUGCUGCAGAUUAUGGGCUUCCAUCCAGAGCCAAACCACGCAGACUGGCUUAUCUGGAUUGGUGCCGAGGACUGCAAAGCUGGGCAAGACGGAUGCCACUCUACUGCGUCCGUAUCCACGAAGAACGGUCUUGAGUGGAAGGCGUUGACCACUUUUGUCAAGAAGUGCCAGUUCAUGUGGCGGGAAGAUGGCCGACAGGUCAACGAGAAACUCGUCUUCUGUGAGCAGUACGCCAAGGAGAACCCAGACGAACCGUUGCAACUCGUAGCCAGCGAGGACUGGUUCGAGCAUAAGGACGUUCGAUUCAACGAUGUUGUCGAGUUCGCGACAAUGUCUGAGUUCAUCAUCGUGGCGUCGAAGACGGAAGACCGCAAGUCGUUGAAGCUAGAUGCUAGUCUCGAUGGGAAGGUGUUCGCUGAUGCGAAGUUCCCUCCGAAGUUCAACGUCGACCAUCAACAAGCGUACACCGUCUUGGAUAGCUCUACGCACUCGAUAUUCCUCCAUGUCACUGUCAAUCCAGCGAGGGAGCAGGAAUAUGGCACGAUCAUUAAGAGCAACAGCAACGGCACUUCGUAUGUUCUUAGCAUUAACGAUGUCAACCGAAACACUGAUGGCUACGUUGAUUUUGAGAAGAUGCAAGGGAUCGAAGGAGUUGCAGUUGUCAACAUUGUUGCUAACCGCAAGGCCGUGGAUGGUGGUGCGAAGAAGCAGAAGAAAACCAAGAUCACCCACAAUGACGGCGCCGACUGGGCUUUCCUCACUCCCCCCGAGAAGGACUCAGAUGGCAAGAAGUACGACUGCUCCGGCGAUCUCAGCAAAUGCUCCCUUCAUCUACAUGGAUAUACAGAGCGAGGUGACCCACGGGAAACGUUCUCUUCACCGACCGCUGUCGGAUUGAUGAUGGGUGUAGGUAACGUGGGUGAAACUUUAAGUCUGUAUGAUGAGGGCAGUACUUUCCUGACACGCGACGCCGGGAUCACCUGGAAAGAAAUCAAGAAGGGCCCCUAUAUGUUCGAAUUUGGCGACCAAGGCUCUGUGAUCGUCAUUGUUCGAAAGAAUGAAGACACUGAUCAUGUCUACUACUCGAUUGAUGAGGGUAAGACAGCCUUUCAACUGCACAAGUUCAGUGAUCACGCAGUAAGGAUCGAUUCUAUCACGACGGUUCCCAGCGACACAUCACUCAAUUUUUUGCUAUGGGGCAAGGACAAGGGUCAACCGAUUACGAUUAACCUCGACUUUUCUGGCAAAUUCAAGAGGCAGUGCGACCUGGACGAAAAGAACCCUGAAGCUGGUGAUUACACUAUCUGGAUCCCGGGACACCCUUCACAGGAGGACGAUUGUUUGUUUGGUCAUGUGGCGGAGUACCACAGGAAGAAGGACACCUCCACGGAGUGCUACAACGGGAGGAAGAUCGAUCAUUUGCACAAUAUUGCCAGGAACUGCACCUGCACCAGGAGGGACUUUGAGUGUGACUACAAUUAUGAGCGCCAACCCAGUGGCGAAUGCACACUCAUCCAGGGUCUUUCCGUGCCCGACCCCAUCCAGGCGUGCAAAGACAAUCCCAAGCUGAAGGAAUACUGGGCCAUAACAGGCUACCGCCGGAUUCCUCUAUCCACCUGUAAAGACGGCAAAGAAAUGGACCACACCAGUCAAGUACUCCCUUGUCCUGGCUGGGAAGACGAGUACGAGAAGAAGCAUGGCAUCUCCGGCUUCGGCCUCUUCUUGGCUAUCGUCCUCCCCAUCCUCGCGGCGUCGGGCGUCGGCUACUGGGUCUGGUCCAACUGGGACGGCAAAUUCGGCCGCAUCAGGCUGGGCGAAUCGGGCCCCAGCUUCGACAGCAACAGUCCCUGGAUCAGCUGGCCUGUGGCCACCAUCUCAGCGCUCGUAGCCGUGGUGGUCGCAAUCCCAAUGGUGGUCGGAUCGGCGUGGCGCGCGGUGUCGAGCAGGAUGGGCGGGGGUUACGGAGGCAGGACAUUCACGUCACGAAGCUCUUUUGCGCGCGGUGGAGAUUACGCGGUUGUGGACCCGGAUGAGGGCGAGCUGCUGGGUGAGGAUAGCGACGAGGAAGUGUGA